AUGGCGCGCUUUGCCACCCGAAGAAGGCUUUGGCUGCUGCCUUUGCUGCUGGUGCUGGGCUUGUGCUUCGUAGCUCCUCAACGCGCCUCCCACGGCUCCCACGCGCCACCGCCCGCGCCCGCGCGCGGCGCGGCCUGCGUGCGCAAUGCUGGGGAUGCGCAGUGGCUUAGGUCGGAGACAGGCGGGGUGGCAUUGCUGAACGUGGUGACCAUGCUGUUUGGCAGCAAUCAGGUCCUCAUCAAGACACUGGAAACCGAAGAUGCAAACACUGGCGCGAUGGAUAGCUUCUUGUGCAUGUCCUUGCGCUUCGGCAUCGCGGCGAUCGCCAUGUUCUUCGUGGCCAUGUCCCAACGGCCGCGGGGCGUCGCGUCCACGGACGCCCAGAACGAAGGAUGCAUCCUUGCUUGCGGUGCAGAGUUGGCAGUUUGGCUCUUCUUGGCCUUCAUGCUCCAAGCGGUCGGCUUGCAAUACACCACCGCCUCCAGUGGCGCCUUACUUGGGAGCCUCACCAUUGUGCUGGUACCUCUCUUGAGCCUUUUGGAUGGUCGCCGCAUCAGCCAGCUCACCUGGGGCUCCGUGGGCUUGGCGACCAUGGGCACUGCCCUCUUUGUUGGGCCCAAUGCCUUGCAGGGCGCCUUCUGUAGCUUCGGCGACGUCCUGGAGCUGGGCUCCGCGGCGUUGUUUGCCGUGCAGAUGUGGCGCUGUGAGAAGCUGAUCCGCCAGGUGCCCGAGCACCAGGUGGUUGGCCUUACCUGCUUUCAGCUGGCGUUAGUCGCAGGCUUCUCGCUGAUGUGCGUCCUGGCUGAGGGCACCUCAAUGCCAGGCGUUUUGGAGACGGUGGCCCAACUUGCACCAGGUGAGUGGAUGUCCGUGGUGACCAUGGGCCUUGUCACGACUGCCUUUUGCCUCUGGGCCGAGUCCUUCGCGCUGCAGAACGUGGAUGCCUCCGUGGCCGCCCUCAUCUACGCCUGCGAGCCCAUUUGGGGCGCCAUCUUCGCCUACCUCUGGCGAGGCGAGACUCUUGAAGGCCCUUGCGCCAUGUGUGGUGCUGGACUACUACUUUUGGCUUCCAUGGCAGGAGUCAUGGCUUCUCAGACGAAGGCUUCGGAGACCUUCACCUUGGAUCGCCGCGGCGCAUGA